CCGCUGCCCCUGCCACCCCGCGCCCGCCGGUGGGACCGGAGCCCCGCGCCAGCGUCAUGUUGGGCGUAAUCAGGAACUCGCUGUUCGGCAGCGUAGAGACGUGGCCCUGGCAGGUCCUGAGCACAGGGGGCAAGGAAGAAAUUUCCUAUGAGGAGAGGACCUGUGAAGGCGGCAGGUUUGCCACGGUGGAAGUGGAGGGAAAGCCAGUGGAUGAGGCGCUGCGGGAAGCCAUGCCCAAAGUUGUGAAGUACGUUGGGGGCACCAAUGACAAGGGAAUUGGCAUGGGGAUGACAGUGCCCAUUUCCUUUGCUGUGUUCCCCACUGACGACGGCUCCCUGCAGAAGAAAUUAAAAGUCUGGUUCCGGAUUCCAAACCAGUUUCAGAGCGACCCGCCUGUUCCCAGCGACAACAGCAUUAAGAUCGAGGAGCGGGAGAGCAUCACUGUCUACUCCAUGCAGUUUGGUGGUUACGCCAAGGAAGCCGACUACGUAGCUCAGGCCGCCCAGCUGCGCACCGCCCUGGAGGGCUCGGCCACCUACCGGAGCGACAUGUAUUUCUGCACUGGCUACGACCCUCCCAUGAAGCCCUAUGGCCGUCGCAAUGAGGUUUGGCUGGUAAAGCCAUGAGUGUGUCGAGAGCCCAAGUGUCCUGCGUGUCCACGCACUCGGGCUGGAGUGGGUGGAGCUUCCACCUGCCACUCGCCUCAGGCAACCUCCAAGCCAGUCGCUGCCAAUGGUCUGAAAUGAGCAUGAGCCUACCCUGAGGCUUUUCUCCCAUGGUGGGAAGAACCCAGUCGAAGCAGGCAGCAGCCUCCUAACUGAUUUACACAAUUCUGUGGUAGGCCAGAAAAAUCCCAGCCAUGUUAUGCCAGCCUUCUGGGUUACUAUGAACUGAUUUUUUCUAAGUAUUGCAUCAGAAUUUGUAUUGUUGAUGGAAAGAUGUGAUUUAUGCAUGAUCUUUUAUCUGUGAUUCUUAUAAGAGCUUUGUCUAAAAGAAAAUAAAAAUCAUUGAUGU